AUGCCAUCAAACAAAUCGACUCUUAAUCAUCGGAGCCGGCCCUCCAACACUACAUUCGCCUUCGGCAUCCUCGCGCAGGUCGCGUUACUCGCCUGCAUCUUCUGGACUUACACUAUCUAUGGCAAACUCCGUGAACCAACCAUUUUAGCGGAAGCAUCAGCUAAGACAACAUCGAGACCAAGCGGCUUCACCUUGCGACAUCUUUUGGAUCAUGGUGCUGGCCAACCUGGACCACGAGCACGAAGGUUGGAUGUGACUCCAGAGCGAUUUGCGGUUGCUGGCGUCGAUUCCCACAUCGGGCCCUUUAUCAUCAAGACAGCACCGGUCAAGAUAGAAAGACCUGCGUUGCAUGGCUACGAUGCACAGAUCCCCAUGUCGCCCAUGUGGAUCGCCGAAGAUGUACCGGGUCCGGAUGUUACGGAUAAGAACACGGUAAUCAGCUUCGCGAACAUGUCCGAGGAUGCUUACAAGGUCGGCCGUGAUGACUCUGGAUGGAUGGACGUCGAUGGACGUUACAACUCAUCAGUUCCUUUCGGUUGGGAUGACAGUGGCAUCCGAGGUCAUGUGUUCAGCGAUGACAUGAACUCUACCAUUAUCCUGGCGGUGAAGGGAACGACUGUAGCCAUGUUCGAGGGCGAUGGAACCUCUGUGCACGACAAAGAAAAUGACAACUUGUACGGCUCUUGCUGUUGUGGUCAAGGUGGCACAUAUCUUUGGCGAAAAGUGUGCGACUGUCAGACUGGUACCUACACUUGUGACGAGCAAUGCGUCAAAGACGAGUUACGGAAGCCGAACAGGUACUAUGCUGCAACUGUCGAGCUGUAUCAAGAAGUUCUCAAGCUCUAUCCGAAUGCAAACAUUAUGACGACAGGACAUAGUUUGGGAGGCGUCCUGGCAUCUUUGAUCGGCUUGCAGCACGGUAUUCCUUCGGUAACGUUCGAAGCCUACCCGCAAGCCUUGGCAGCUAAACGUUUGGGUCUACCAGCUGCUGGUGACGUCGCUCCACUCAGGAAGAAUACAGGCGGCUUUCACUUCGGACAUACCGCUGACCCGGUAUACAUGGGAACCUGCAAUGGCGCAACAAGCUUUUGCUCUAUUGGCGGGUACGCCUUCGAGACCCUCUGCCAUACCGGAAAGAGAUGUGCAUAUGAUGUGGUGAAGGAUUGGGGAUGGAGACAAAACACACAAACCCAUAGCCUAAGGUACGCUAUUGAUAAUGUGUACAUGAAGUACAAUGAGGCAGCAACAUGUCAAGAAGAGGACGUUGGGUGCGUCGACUGCUAUCUAUGGAAGUUUGAGAACGGCACGCACACCACACCGACGACUAGCUCAACAACUGCAACAAGUACUACAUCAUCAAGGACGCGGACUGAGACGUGUAAGACGCCUGGGUGGUGGGGAUGCCGUGACGAGACUACCACGAUGGUAUCGACCACAUCCUCCAGCACAUCAAGCUCACCAACCAGUACAAGUACAAGUACCUGUCAAACUCCCGGAUGGUUUGGUUGCAAAGACAAAACUACAGCUACUAUAACUACUACUACGUCGAUUGAGCCAACAACUUCUUGUACCUCGAAGGGCUGGUUCGGUAAGUGUCACGAUGAUGUGCCUGCGACGACCACACCAGCCAUGCAAGGCCAUGCCUACUGGCGGGCAGCAGCGACCGCAACACAGACGGCACCAUAG